GCUUGCCAUAGAAGUAACUGACUUUUCCUGAGUGGAUUCACUGAUACAGACACAGAGAGAGCGAGGCAGAGGGAGGGAGACACACACACACAGAGAGAGAGAGCGGGAGAGAGAGAGAGAGGGGAAGCUGCUGACUAAGGAGUUUCUCUUUGUCUGCUGAGUGGACUGAAGCGGCUGCAGAGACUUGAACAAGGCACAACUAUGCUGGGACUCCUCCUCAUCCUGUCCCUCUCCUCCCCGGCGACCCUGCUGCCUCACCAGAGCGCUGCUCCUCCUGCUCGCUGCAAGCACUGCUGUGAUUACUUGGAGCCAAUAGAGGGCAGCGGAGAUGAGCCACCCACAGAAGGAUACAGGCACGUACCAGAGGUCCGCACCAUCAUCAACAUGACCAUCCUCAAAGGUGAUAAAGGAGACCGUGGUGAGAGAGGAACACCCGGUAAAGCUGGACAAGAAGGCCCUCCAGGUUCCAGCGGGCCCAUGGGCUCAAAGGGCAGUAAGGGUCAGGCAGGUCUUCCAGGAGACCCCUGCAAAGUCCAGUACUCUGCCUUCUCUGUCGGCCGCCACAAAGCCCUGCACAGCCUGGAGUCGUACCAGGCGCUGGUGUUCGACACGGUCUUUGUGAACCCUGACGCUCACUUUGACAUGUUCCAAGGGAAGUUCUUCUGCCACAUCCCAGGGAUCUACUUCUUCAACGUCAACAUCCACACGUGGAACUUCAAGGAGACGUACGUGCACAUCAUGCAUAACGACAAGGAGCAGGCCAUCGUGUACGCCCAGCCCAGCGACCGCUCCAUCAUGCAGAGCCAGAGCCUGCUGCUGGAGCUGCGGCUCCAAGACGAGGUGUGGGUGCGACUGUACAAGAGGGAGAGGGAGAACGCAGUUUACAGCGAUGACACGGACGUCUAUAUCACUUUCAACGGAUACCUCAUCAAAGCAAGUGUGGAGGACUAAGAGGUGGACGACGAGCUGAAGCUGUAACUGUAGAGCGAGGCGUGAAGAUGUGAGGAGCAAACCACCGGAAGUGACAAAAAAAGAAAACAAGUUAUAUUCUCCUUUAUAUUUUUACUCUCAACAUAGACACAAAGAUGUCAACAUGGUUCCACUGCGGUGCUAAAAAGAUCACACAUGUUAUUUUUUUGGGAAAUCAAGCUUAGCAUUGUGUGACAAUGUGCAAUAAAGUGAAUAUCUAACUUGCA